UUGUGUACUACCACUAAUUUCUCGAAACUCAAUGCAUUUCCUCUUACCUCUAUGGAAUAAAUUAAACCACAUUACUUAUGGAAUUGUUGGCCUAAACUAUUACAAGGCAAUCGGAAAGGUAGGGAGACCCACAUUGUUGUCACAUGCAUGCACAUAUUUUACACAAACAGUUGGCAUGCACACUUAUAGUUCCAAGUUUAGGUUCGGUUCUACCCUGUUCCUAUAAAUAGAUUGAAGUCAUGCCAAUUCCCAAUCAAGCUUCCUUGUGUUUGGUGCAGCGCUACAGAGAAAAGAUGGAAGCUAUUUCUGCAUUGCCAAGUGGUAAUCAACCAGUGAGGUCCAUUAGUUUGCCCACAAGAGUGCACCCUUCUUCUCAAAGAUUUGAAGAACUUUUGAACCAUCUUAGGCCUCACCAUGUUUCUGUCUCAAGAACCACAUGUUUGGAAGCAGAGACGAUUGAAAGCGAUUUGGUUGUGCUUGCUGAGUUGUACAAGUGCAUGGAGGAACUCUUCCAUUCUCCACAGACCCAACAAGGACUUUUGCACUACCAAAAUGGGAAGCUAGUGGAGGAGGCAUUGUGUGGUUCAGUCACACUCCUUGAUGCAUGUGGCAGUGGAAGGGAUUUGUUGUUGGCUCUAAAAGAACAAGUGCAAACUCUUCAGUCAGCCAUGCGUAGAAGAAGAGGAGAUUCAAGCAUUGAGAAAAGCAUCUGUGAAUAUAAUAGCUUCAGGAAGAAGGCCAAGAAGGAUAUUGCCAAGCAACUAGGGGCAAUGAAGAGAAUGGAGAAUAAAGUUAAUUGUUGUUCUCUAAUGAGUCAAACUCAAGAUCAGCAUUUGAUAUUUCUAGCCAAAGUUCUAAGAGAAGCAAGCAUCAUCACUAUCUCUAUAUUCCGUUCUCUUUUGCUGUUCCUGUCAAUGCCAGGACUCAGAACAAAAGGGACCUCCGUGAUCUCAAAGCUAAAGCCAACUAGGUUGUUUUCUUCAGACAAAGAACAGAAGAACACAAAUGUUGUGGACCUUAGUGCUUUGUGCUCCCUCCUUGGAAGAGGGAAACACAGUGAUGCCAAGGUUGAACUUCAAAGUACUCUAAGAGUGUUAGAGACAUUGAAUGUUUGCAUUGAUGGUCUUGAAGGUGAAUUAGAUUGCCUCUUCAGACGUAUAGUUCGAAAUAGAGUGUCGUUUCUUAAUAUGCUUGCUCAUUAGCACAAUGAUUUUGUGUGAAUCAUACCUUGUAAAUGUGAAU